AUGGCAUCGAACAAUCACAAUGAUAACCAGGGCCAAAUCCCGAAUACUGGCAAAGAACACACCAUCAUUCUUCCCUUCGCCCAGAAUGCUAAUUCUUCAAACGAUACCACUGGGUCAUUGGGUCUCAAUCGAGGAGACACAUCUCUGGAGAAGUCAUGGAAGCCGACUUUUAAUCGUCAACAUAGCUGGAGUAACGAGGACCGUAAGCACCAGCUGCAAGAACGACUGCACGGGUCGGAGAAGGGAAAAGAGAUGGGAUUCACAGAGGCGCAUAGUGGGGAUUAG